AUGACUCUGGAAAUUCAAUUCAGGCAUGACCUCCCCCAGCUGAAGGAAAUCCCAAGGGAAAAUGAGCUGUCCGUCACUGUACGGAAACACUUAAAAUAUCUUAUUGGAGUUGGAAUGAAAUUGGGUGCCUGUGAGCUUCAAAUGAAUGGGGACUUUGACCCUGAAAAGAGCCUUCAGUGGAAAAUGCUUAUAGAAAACAAAUGCCAAACAAUUCAGGAUCUUGGAGUACCAAUGAAAAUUGAUGGCUCAGGCUACCUUUUGAUGGAUAAAAUGAACCUAGAUUCACAGACACUGAUCACUGUUGAUGAAAGUAAAUUCCGAGGACUCCUUAUACUAAAAGUCAAUGAUGAAAGGCAAGAGUUGGAUGCUGUGCUAACCCAUAACAUCCAAGAAGCUGCUGACAUUGGCAUUCCCAUGAGGAUGUUACUUGAUGUGAUAUCAGAAAAAAACAGUGACUUCUACAAAGGAUUUAUUAAUUUCUGUGUGAACAACAAGCAAAUUACAGAAGAACUGGACUUUGUCCAGAAGUUGGAUGUUGUGUCUCUUAACUACAAGCUUACUCAUAACAUAGAGACAUUGAAGACUUUGCAAAUAAAAGACAGGAUUGAGUUGCAGGCUGUCUUGAAUGUCAAAGUCACUAGAAGCUUUAGUUUUAAAGUGCUUUAUGGUGCUCACCUAAUAGUUCUUGAAGGACAAAUCCAGGAGUUUGGAACAAGUACCAACAUAACAGGGAAUUUCCAUCACUCUUUGCCAUGGCUGCUACAAGCCAGAGUCCCAUCAUCUUUACAGAUAGACGUGGUUUUUCAAGGGAGAAACACUACUCAAGAGAGGUAUGUGCACGUUGCAGCUGGAGAAACAUCAAUCACAUACAUAAUUAACUCCUAUUAUGUUGGCCACCAAGUGGAUCUCUUCUGCCAGAGUGUGCACAGCAGUGAGGUACUCCAGGCAUCUGGCUAUCCUAAGGCAAUCAACUUGAUUUUCAGUUUCCAGAAAUCAGAAAACAAAGCCAAGACUGCCUGUGAAAUCCAGUAUGAUGAGAAAGAUGUAACUGUGACUGUGGAUGUUGACACAGACUUUGAACUCUUUGGUGUAUUUGUGUUCAUGGCAGAGGUGAAGCAUUCAAUAUCACUUCUCCAUCGCCUGGGACUUCCCUUCUUUCUUAAGAGAGAUUCUUUAGCAUUUUCAGGAUAA